CAUCACACUUGAAUAUCCCUCUAACAGCAUCCAUGGCGACUGAAAUCCCUUCAAUUCCAGACCUUGAAACAGCCCAAGUCUGCCCCCACACAGUUCACGCCGAUUCAAAAAAUGGUUUCUGCUCCACCGUCGUCUUUCAGAAAGUGAAAACAAACUUGGUUUUCCGUUCAAAAUGGGCCGAGUUGAAUGGAGCCAUGGGGGACCUUGGCACUUACAUACCCAUCGUGCUAGCCUUGGCUCUAGCCAGAAACCUCAACCUCGGCACCACAUUGAUUUUCACCGGCAUCUACAACGUCAUCACCGGCGCCAUCUAUGGCGUUCCCAUGCCUGUCCAGCCCAUGAAGUCCAUCGCUGCCGAGGCCCUCUCGGAGACCGACUUCGGGGUGCCGGAGAUCAUGGCAGCUGGAAUUUUGACCGGCGGGGUCCUACUGGUAUUGGGGGUGACGGGGUUGAUGCGGCAAGUGUACAAGCUGAUUCCUUUGAGCGUCAUCAGGGGAAUUCAACUAGCACAAGGUUUGUCCUUUGCACUGACUGCUGUUAAAUACGUUAAGACAACGCAAGACUUACCCAAAUCUAAAUCUCUGGGAAAUAGGCACUGGUUUGGUUUGGAUGGCUUGGUUUUGGCCAUUGUAUGUGUUUGCUUUAUUGUCAUAGUGAACGGAGCUGGCGAGAAUCAUGGGUGUGAAACUAGAGAAGGUACUGAUGAUAAUUACGAUCUGGGUGAUCACCAACAACGGGUUGAAGUUCGAAGAAACAGGACAAGCCGAGUAAGAAAGCUGAUAUUCUCACUUCCUUCUGCAUUUUUAGUUUUUGUAUUGGGGGUUGUUUUGGCCUUCAUAAGAAGGCCUACGGUUGUGCAUGAAAUCAAAUUUGGACCCGCCUCUUUAGAAGUUGUGAAAAUAUCUAAACAUGCUUGGAAGAAAGGAUUCAUCAAAGGUGCAGUUCCUCAACUACCACUGUCAAUUUUGAACUCUGUGAUAGCUGUUUGCAAGUUAUCCUCAGAUCUGUUUCCAGGGAAGGAUUUCUCAGCCACUUCACUUUCAGUGACAGUGGGACUGAUGAACUUGGCGGGAAGUUGGUUUGGUGCUAUGCCUUGCUGCCAUGGAGCCGGUGGACUAGCAGGACAAUACAAGUUUGGUGGAAGAAGUGGGGCUUGUGUGGCUCUUCUUGGUGCAGCCAAAUUGGUGCUGGGUUUUGUACUGGGCAAUUCUUUGGCUCUUAUUUUAAACCAGUUUCCUGUAGGGAUAUUAGGCGUAUUGCUAUUAUUUGCCGGGGUUGAACUAGCCAUGGCUUCAAGGGACAUGAAUACUAAACAAGAUUCUUUUGUGAUGCUUAUUUGUACGGCAGUUUCGCUGGUGGGUUCCAGUGCGGCUCUUGGGUUUUUGUGCGGAAUGAUUGUGUUUGUGAUUCUGAGGCUAAGGGGCUGGACAAAGGGUCAGCCUUUUUCUACCAUUUGGACGCGAGAAACCCCUGAGCAACCCUGAACACAGUCGUCAAGUGUGUAUAAAUUAAAAUAAUUAUUGCUUCAUGCGUGUUCUGGGUGCUUCUUGCCUCUGUAUGUGGUAUGAAAAUAAGACUAUUUCCGGUCCUAAAUACGAAGUGGAUGUUAUAUUUAGGAUUGGAAGCAGUAUAUGUUGUUGCUAGUGUUGGUAUCCGUUGUCGAUAUUGGUAUUUUCUGAUAGAAUUUCUAUCUGUGAAGGGGUGCUUGCAGUAAUGGUUUAUAGCGUUUUGCUCUCUGAUGAGUAGCGUACGGAUACUCGGACUACGGAUGCGUAGAACUUAAUUACCGAUAUAAAUGGUCUGUUCAUUUUGUGUGCAAGUUUCCCUAGGCAUGUAGUUUUUUUUUUUUUGAGUGAGAUGUUUUUUGUUUUUGGCCAAUUAGGCAAAUUCUUGAUUUUCAUGAUAAGAAGUAUAACUUUCCAUUAUGAGAU